AUGGGAUCUAAUAGUGAAACUAUAGAAGUUGCCCGAGGAUAUACAAAGUGGCUGGAUUAUGUCGUAAUCAACUUUGGUUUUCAGAUUGUGAUUUACGAUAUGAAUAUGAAACCGGUCAAGAGAUUCCUGAUACCUGACAUAAACUUGUAUCACAUGGUCACCAUUGAACGAUAUCUACUUGUUAUAAUUGACAACAGUAGAGAUUUCUUAGCCAUAAUGCUGACAUGGGACAAAGAACAUCUUGAAAUCGCUUAUUGUGGUCCUAACAUAAAAAAACAGAAUAGCUGCUUUCAAGAUGGUGAGAAGUCUUUGAUUGCUGGGAACUUGACGGGCUGGAUGAUCGCUCAUGGUCAGGCAACGCUGUACCGCAUAUAUUUGAAUACUCGCGGAGUAAUUUUUCAACCCUUUACGGACGACGGAAUCUUGCAAUCUGGGCAGGCCUUCUGCUCAGACCUUCAAGGGAACGUUUUAGUCAUGUGCGCUGUUCACCAUAGAACACUAUGCCUGCCCUGGAUACAUCGAAAAGUUGUUAACGAGGAAGUCAUAUUUUGUUCAAAUGGAUUUGACUCAAGAUUUUACAGAUUUUCGAACCGUGAUUCACAGCUUUUCGGCCUUGCUCGUACCCAUGACGGGAAUAUUCGAAAAAUUAUACCGAUAGGAAAGAACCAUCUUCUAUUAGUCUCUACAAGAAUCAGAGUUGUGCUGAGAUCCAGAGUGUGCAACAGAUACGAUCUCCUUGGUUGCGAUGAAGGGUUAGAAAUUUAUCGUUCAAAUGGCACUAUACCUGAUGUUCUAUGUAUACGAGACGGUCAUGCUAUCAUUUGCGACCAAGAAAAAGGUUUAUCAGUAUUGAGAUACAGAGUAGGAAAGCUUGAUUUUAAAUACAAACUCAACUUUGUGGGUGAAUACGUCAAAGCAAAGCAGAUGCUCAAGUUGAGCAAUCAUAGAUAUAUUGCGAUAUCGAGCUCAAAUGUAUUUUUGUUCAAGUUCACAAAACGAUGGAGAUUGGAAGUUCAAAGAAUACUGAGAGGGCAUUUAUUUGUGCCGUUCACAAAUUUGCUCACAGAGUCGAAAGCUAUGGGUAUCUGCUCAAAGAACUGUACCUCCGAGUUAGUGGAAGUCUUUCAGGAUGAUACGACGCGUAUGACUUCAAUGAAAAUGCGUAGCAAGUUAAAGGUUGAGCAAACGAAGAUUCCUGUUCUUGGCUCUUUUUGUGAAAUAUAUCCUAUAGAUGAUUACCAUCUUUAUGCACGUUGCUUGGAUGGACACCUUUAUGAAUUAAUAUUGAAGGGGGAUACUGUAAAAAUCGAAAAGAGUCUCCUGAAAACCAAGGAGACGGAAAAUGUUAUCGCAGUCACAGCAACUGUGCUGGUGACUACUAAAUGCGCUGUACAAGUUGAUACAAAUGAUAUCUUCAGCACUUUCAAGGAUACUGCAUUAUCAUAUGAGUCCACCAGCUCGUAUGGUGUUGUCUUAACAUCAUCAAUGAUUUAUAUCUUCGUGUUGCACCCCAAUCCACAUGUCCUUCAUAAAGUGGCAUGUAACGCUGCACAUGUUUCAAUGUAUGAGUCCGAUAACAAAGAUCUGAGUAUAAUUUACGACGUCCAUGGAGUGUUGCAUCAUCUCAAAAUCAAUCGUGCUAAUAUGGUACAUAUGCGAAGUGGAACCGGUCAAGUCGAUACUCAAGCUUUGAUGUUACUAAAUAAUAAUUUAUUUGCAUCUCUAACGUCUUGGGGAACUCUCCACUUCAAGUGGUUGAGCACUUUUGACGAUGUUUCGAUGAUAAGACUACCAAAAACAUGCUCACAAGUUUGGCGAACGAGUGAUAGUUCUUUCGCUGCUUUUAGUCCACUGGAAACUUAUAUUUUUCUCAUGACUGCUGACACUGUUGAACCAUACUAUAUUCAAAAUUCAAGGGACACACUUCAUCUUCAAGUGAUAGGGAACUCCCUCUAUCAUCUCCGAAGAUCGGAACUUGUGAUCUCUAAAAUAAUAUCCAACUCUUUUUCAGAAAAUACCUAUCAUCACCUUGGACCAAUGCAUAAUAUACAAAUUAUAACGAUAGAACAAUCUCCUUACCUCAUUUAUAACGAUUAUGACAAUGUUCACUUAUAUGAUCUAAAUGUUAAGGAUUCACUUGUUUCUUUACGUAUGCCUAAUAUUCAGCAUAUAUAUUCUUACAAGGGGCUGAGGUUUGGGGACAAUUCAGUUGAUGAUAGGUGUCUAAUACUGCUAGUUGCUAAGGUGAAUGAACAAUUUGACACUUCGAAAUGUACGUUGGAACUUGUGGCAUUGAAAGUGUCUCAUGAUCCUUCAUUUAAGGAGCUUUUUAGUAUGAAGCCAGAACACUCCAACUGGUCAUGUUUGGAUUGGUUUCGAUUAAAAAAAACACUUGAAGCAAGAUCAGAUCACCAGCUACAAAUUCAAACGAUACCUGGGUCGUGGGUAGUUUCUUGGAAUGGGAGGGGCUGCGGUUUUGCCUUGAGCGUCUAG